CCAUAUAUCACACAUAUAUAUAUGUUUUAGCAAUAGGGGACGAAAAAUCACCAGAUAACGGCUGUCUUCUACAUUUCAUCACCCAAUUUUAUUGCUAUUAUAAACAAGGACAGAUGUUAUGUAAUUGGUGAGACUGUGAGAUCCAUUACGAAAGAUAAAAAUUUUGGUCAAAGCCGAGCUUGUAAUUAAGCGGCGGCAGUCCAUGUUUCGUACAGAGAGAGACUAUUCCAUAUUCCACACAAUCAUUAUUUCCGUUAGUUGAGGAGAGAAGGACUUUGUUUGCUUCUGAAAUUCCACAAAGAUUUGGUGGUCAUUGACAUUUUGUUGGAAAAUAAGGAAGUGCUUUGUAACUUUCAUCCAUUACUUCCUCACAAAACCUCAACUUUAGUCAGCCUUUUUUUAAAAAAAGGUAUCCCAUAAAAAGCAGCAUGAUGCAGACAGACGAUCCUUAUAUGUUUAUGAGAGGCAGCGAGUCCUUCUCACCCAGUGUCUUUCCUGACCCCAAAUCGUCAACUUCUGCUUCGACUUCAUCAACAACCCCUUCAACUGCUGGAAUUGCACCUUUGGACAAGAAACCCUUCAAAUGUUCUCAUUGUUCGAAGGCUUUUCUCUACAGCAGCAGUCUCACGGCUCAUGAAAUGAUGAUGCAUCGUUCCGAUUUGCCGUAUGAGUGCCGCGACUGUGGGAGACGAUUUUCUCUCAACACUCAUUUAGAACGCCAUCAGAUGAUACACACUGGUGAGAGAUCUUACCAGUGCGAGGAAUGUGGUAAAACAUUCCUGCAUCAGCGUUAUGUCAACGCACAUGUUCGCCGUAUUCACAAUCUCAGCAGACCUUUCAAAUGUGAAUAUUGUACGAAAGCCUUUGCUCACAAUUGCCACCUCACAGAACACAUUGCCAUGCAUUCCAGGGAGAAGACUUGAAUGUGAAGCAAUGACAAUCCAAAUCUCUCCAUCCAACUUUCUCCAUAAGUAGGACCUAGUUACAGCCAUCUUCUGAUGAAUCUGCACAUGACUUCUAUUUUUUUUUUCUUUGUUCUCCUCAAACAUCCUCCUCAUUCUCUUUAUUCAAAAGACUGAAUUGAAAUGUCUGUUUAGUUUUUAAAAUAUCAAUGAUUCCCCUUUAGCAUACUUACAUAUAAAAGUUAAUGAGUCUUUACACACACACACA